AUGGUGGGAAAAGCUGCUUCCUACAUCAAGGUGGAAGAAGCACAAGCAGCUCGGAGGAAGGCUGAAAGACCACCUCCCUCCGCCAACAAGCAAGAAAGAAGGGUGCCUCAACCAGCCCCUCAACCUCUGCCGCGAGCUCGGGAGGCCAGACCUGCAUUUCAUCCCGGGCCGGAAGUCAGAUCUGCGCCUCGAGUUGCCGUCGUGCAUGUUACCCGAGCAGGGCCAUGGAAUAAUCGGUACUGUACUUAUCAUCGAUCACGCACACAUGAUACUAAUCAUUGUUUUCAGUUCGCUCGAGACUCCAAUCGGGCUGCCGAGAUGGGUUUACCUCCGCCCGAACUAGCUCCUCAAUUGAUCAAGAUGAUGGAGGAGCAAAGAAGGGCGACUGGACAGGCCGGGCAAUCUCGCCCCGACCUCGCAGGACCCAGUACUCAUCAGCUUGGCCGGGGAAAAGAGCCAGAAGGAUCACGGGAGGCUGAGAACAGAGGUAAUGCUGCUGUCAGAGAGAUCAGCAUGAUCUCUGGAGGACCAACUGACGGAGAUUCAGGGAGAGCACGCAAGUCUCAUGUCCGUCGCUUGGAGGUUCACGCUGUCAGAUGCAGUCAAGAGCAAGCCGGCCCUGUUAUUAGCUUCGGGCCAACAGACCUGGAGGGCCUGGAGUUGCCUCAUGACGAUGCACUCAUCAUCAAGGCCAUCAUUGCCAAUAGACGAGUGGCUCGGGUGUUCGUUGAUACCGGGAGCUCUGUCAACAUUCUAUUCAGGAGCGCAUUCGAAGAAAUUCAAAUUGAUGCUGCUGAACUCCAGCCAGUGGCCACAUCCCUAUAUGGAUUUACAAGCAACGAAGUGAAGCCUAUGGGUCAGAUCAAGCUGGCCAUAUCUUUGGGCACCGAGUUGUUGGAAUGCCGGAGCCACGUACCAGUGAAUGAUGGAUAA